UGCUGGGGUUUCAACAUGCCUCCCCUCCCGCAUGAUGUUUGGGGGACUUUCAUAGACCACAAAGUUUGCUCGGGUGUACUGGUGGCUAUCUUAAUUCUGACUCCUAUGUAUAUCAUUGGACACCGAGUGUUGACGCGGUAUUCGGCGGUGUAUGUGAAGCUGGUUGAUGAUCAACAAUUAGUAGUCCUGCACCAUACAAUUGAAGUUGUCGUCCUCGGCAAUUUGUUUGCUCCCAUGACAUACCUAAUUUUGAGUUUAAAUUUGAACUACUAUCAUUGUCAAACUUCAAGAUCAAGAUGCAAAUCUUGAUCAUCUUUAUGAUCUAAACCCUUCGAAUUGGCAUCGAGAUUCAGAAACCCACACAGUCUGCUAGUCGUACAUCAUCUUGCUGCCUACGCAAACACAUUGCUGCCCAUAUUUAUGACACUGCAGAUAUGAAAGCAGCCACCAUCCUAACGUACAUGAUCACUUUCGAAGUGAUCUUUUUUGUUGGUCUGAUGAUGUACCGAUUGCAGCCAAAUAAUCGCGCAACUCGCCGAAAUUAUAGUGAUGGGGUUAUCUCGCCCUCUACAGGUGUUAUGGAUAGUUUCAACUUUUGUAGUCUUGUGGGACUACUUGAUCGUAUGGCAGGCCGUGCUUCAACUAUGUUUGACGGCGCUGUUCACCACUUUUCAACUAUACAGCAUUAAUAUACAGGUGACACUGUGAAAAAAAAGCAAGAAAAGACUUAAUAAAUAUGUCAAUCAAGG